AUGUGGGGAGCAAUACAGCAGAUACGGGAUUUGUCGUACACGCCGGGCAUCGCGUGGCUCAACAGCGCGAUGCUGCUGGCCACGCCGGUGCUGUCGCCGGCGCAGCCCGCGGCUGCGGCCACGGUGCCGCAGGCGGGCGGAUGGCUCGCGCGCGCCGCGCGCCCGAAGCAUAUCGGCCCGACGGCCAAGACGUCGCUGCUGUUCAGCGCCGCUCAGGCGCUCGGGGGUUGGAUAAUCCACGACGGCGACCUUGAGUCCGGCUCAGGCUUCCUGGCGGCGUGGUCCGCGCUGUACCUCGUGGUCGGCGGGCGCGGCAGCGUGCGCGCGCUGCGCUACGGCCGGCUGUGGCCGCUGGUGCUCGCCGCGUCCAGCGGCCUUGGCGGACUCGCCUACGGCGAGCGUUUCUUGUCGGGCCGCUUCCUAGCUUAG